AACUUGGAGCACCACUGUUUCCAUAAACAGGCCCUGUUUUUACACUCCAUCACAGCCCAGGCUAUCGGUCGAGACCGUACGCUCUUCGGGGUGGACCGGUACACCUUCCCUUCCCUUCCCGGCUCUCGUGGUCUCUUCCAUCGAUCGAUCAAACUUGGAAAAGGCUAUGCGAACCAGAAACCAAUCCAAGCGACACAACCAAUCCACUGGUGAACAAGUGAUGGAACCAGUGGAAGGCUCAAACUCUUUGGAAUCUCUUAAUGAAGAUGGCACUCUUACUGCCAUAUCACAUGAGGCUGUAGGAAAGCUUUUAAAACGAGUGAAUGCACGUGGCUUGUCAGCUUUGAAGAAACAAGAUAACUAUCUCCGUCAGUGUGAUCUUGCAAGCAAAUCGGAAAGUCUGUCUGAGAAGACUGAUGAACAUGGUGUAGCAAAGAGGAAUAAAGAAAAUGCCUUAGAUGGUGCAGGUUGUAGUAGUGAUGCAAUACAAAGCACUCCAUCGAAAGACACGGUUGAAGGGAAAGCAUUCCAUCACACUAAUCCUGAUAGUGAAGAAGAAUUGGACGAGUCAUUUUGGGAAGAUGGUUCUCUUCAUAUUUUGAAUUCUGUAAACAAUUUUCAAAAAGACUUAGUUAAUGGAGUGACUAUAGAAUUUGAGGGGACCCCAGAUUCUGGUAAACGGAAGACUAUUCGUCGAGCUUCUGCUGAAGAUAAGGAAUUGGCCGAGCUUGUGCACAAGGUGCAUUUACUUUGUUUACUUGGACGAGGAAGGUUGAUUGACAAUGCUUGUAAUGAUCCUCUCAUUCAGGCUUCCUUACUUUCACUUCUACCAAAACACUUGCUGAGGAUAUCAGAGGUCACAAAAUUGACAGUUAAUGCACUGGCUCCACUUGUCAGUUGGUUUCACAAUAAUUUCCAUAUUAGAAGUCCAAGCAGUACAGAGAGAUCAUUUCAUUCAGCUUUGGCAUUUGCGCUCGAGACUCGUGAAGGGACUGCAGAGGAGGUUGCUGCAUUGUCUGUGGCGCUAUUUAGAGCUCUGAACCUUACAACCCGGUUUGUGUCCAUUUUGGAUGUGGCCUCCUUGAAACCUGAUACUGACAAAUCUGAAUCUGUUAGAAACGAUGCAAGCAAAGCAGGUAAGGGCAUAUUUCACUCUUCCACACUGAUGGUGGCUAGACCAAAUCAGGUUUCUAUUUCUCCCGUGAAACAAUCAUCAUCAGAUGACAAGGGCAACAUCUGUGAAACUUCCUCAAGGGGUGCAUGCAGAGCUAAGAAUAGCAAGUCAUCAAGAAAUUCCUCUCAAUCCAAAGAUACUCCAAUUGCUGAUCAGUCUACGUUAGCUUCGGAGGAACCAAAUGAAUUAUCUGAUAUGUGCCUGACCAAGAAAUCAAAAGAGGAAUCCAAGAGAAAAGGGGAUCUUGAGUUUGAGAUGCAGUUGGAAAUGGCUCUUUCUACCACAGCAGUUGGGACUUCUAGAAGCAGUAUGAUCUUGGAUGCAAAUGACAUUCAUAAUAAUUCAGAAAAUCUCUCGUCUCCUGCUAAAAGAAUGAAAACAAUUAAAACGGUAGAAUCUCCGUCUUCUCAGGGAAUUUCUACUGCAUUUGGAUCAAGAAAAGUCGGAGCUCCUCUAUAUUGGGCAGAAGUCUACUGCAGUGGAGAGAACUUGACAGGAAAGUGGGUGCAUGUUGAUGCUGUCAAUGCUAUUAUUGAUGGAGAACAGAAAGUAGAACCUGCGGCUGCUGCGUGCAAAACAUCUUUGAGAUAUGCAGUUGCUUUUGCUGGACUUGGAGCUAAAGAUGUGACCCGCAGGUAUUGCAUGAAAUGGUACAAGAUAGCAUCACAACGAGUUGAUCCAAUUUGGUGGGGCACCAUUUUGGCCCCAUUGAAGGAGUUGGAGUCCGGAGCAACUGGAGGAGUGAUCCAUUUGGAGCAGGAUGAUUCAAAUGGACAAGAGAAAGUAGGAGCAUUUAAAAUUUCUGAUUCUCUAGGUCAAAACUGUAUUCUAGCAGAUGCUGCCAUCUUGCCCGGGCAGCUAGCAAUGGAAGUGCCAAAAGAGGCUUGUAAGAAACUGGGUGCAGAGUCUCCUGCAAGGAAUCCUAUUAUUGCUAGCAGGAGCUCUCUUGAGGACAUGGACUUGGAAACUAGGGCAUUAACUGAGCCUCUUCCAACUAAUCAACAGGCCUACAAAACCCAUCACCUUUAUGCUCUUGAAAGAUGGCUUAAUAAGUAUCAGAUACUUCAUCCAAAGGGGCCUAUAUUGGGAUUUUGUUCAGGUCAUCCAGUCUACCCAAGGACUUGUGUCCAAAUACUCCAUACAAAACAAAGAUGGCUGCGUGAGGGGCUGCAAGUCAAAGCCAAUGAGCUUCCUGCAAAGGUGUUGAAGCGUUCUCUGAAACUCAGCAAAGCACAAACUUCUGAAGCUGAUGAUCAUGGUGAAGAGGGUUGUGAAGGGAAUAUUGUGCUUUAUGGGAAGUGGCAAACAGAACCUUUGUGUCUGCCUCAUGCUGUCAAUGGGAUUGUUCCUAAGAAUGAACGUGGCCAAGUGGAUGUGUGGUCCGAGAAGUGCCUGCCACCAGGAACUGUGCACUUAAGGUUGCCACGGGUGGCUCCUGUUGCAAAGAGGCUGGACAUUGAUUUUGCACCUGCUAUGGUUGGAUUUGAAUUCCGAAAUGGUCGCUCUUUACCUGUCUUUGAGGGCAUUGUGGUUUGUGCUGAGUUUAAGGAUGCGGUUUUAGAGGCAUAUGCAGAGGAAGAAGAAAGAAGAGAGGCUGAAGAGAAGAAAAGGAGCGAAGCGCAAGCUAUUCUUAGGUGGUAUCAGCUUCUCUCAUCCAUUGUUACCCGGCAAAGGUUGAAUAACUGUUAUGGGGAUGGUUUGGCGUCACAAACCUGCAAUGACAUUCCGCAAACAAAUGAUAAAGUUAGUGCACAGGUUGGUUGUAGUGAGGAUGACAGGCAUUCUCCUGGAUGUUUGGAACUGAAUGUAUUGGACAGAAAGUUGGAUGUUAAGUCAAUGGUGCCCACAGAAGAAGAACACGAGCAUGCAUUUUUGACAGAUGAUCAGGCUUUUGAUGAAGAGAGUUUUACGAGGACAAAGCGAUGUCGUUGUGGUUUUUCUAUUCAAGUGGAGGAAAUGUAGCACCUCUGACCAGUUAUUAUCUAUCUGGUGCUUUCUUUCAUGGUAACCUCAUAUUAUGGGUCGGAUUUGGUAGUGUAUCAUGUGAUCUUGUCUGGAAAUAGCUUAGUACUGGAAACAGGAAGAAACUUUCUAAUAGAUGUUCUUUUUUUUUUUUGGGUAUCUGAAUGUAAGUUUGGUUCACUGAAAAGAAGGUGAGGUAUAUAUUAUCGUUGCAAUGUAUACUGGGCUAUCAGGAAAUGAAGAACCCAUUGUACAUCUUUUUGGCAUAUACAACCAUUGUGAAGUCUAAUUUUGACUUGUAAUUUCGAAUGA